AGUGGACAACUAUGGUUUUCAGUGUCAGUGUGGUAAAAUACGCGGUGUGGAGUUGCCGGAUGUUUGUGCGCGUGGCAGACGACACGGUUACGGUUGUUUGCGCGGAGAUCCACGGUGGCGUCGCCGGCCGAUGGAUGGUCUGGACCGCAGAGGCCAUCCAAAAAGGAUGUCGCACCCUCCUCCGGAUGCAACAGUUGCGUGAUGCUAACAACAGUAUCUCUAUGGAUUUUUGCAUGAACGCUUCUAAACCGGAUGUUGACGAAAUGUCCAUCGAUGAGCUGGUGCCGCCUGUCUUGGCGGGUGUGCUGUUGAGCCUGGAUUGGAAUACUCAGUUUUGUACGAGCCGGGUGUGCACACUGUGGCGACUCAUUCCGCGGGAGUACUGUGCCACGCGACACAUCACCUUUGACCUCAGGCAGAUACGCGUCAAAGUAACGGCAGCACACGCAUUUGAUGCCCAAGAAUUCGCUUACCUCAACACGUACCGAAUGUUGGCGAUUCUGAAUGGAAUUAUCACCGCGCGUACGCGCUCGCUGGCGAUGAUCUACGAGGGGAACAGCGGGAAUGACUUUUACGUCAAACUGCUGUUGCUGCGGGACAUCCUGGCAGGCAAAGGUCUUCGUGUGCCGCUGCUCAUCGUCAGGAACGGCUUGGAUUCCAUGAAAGAAGCAGGGGAUUCGUUUCUGGCUUUGAAAUGGAAUUACGACAAAGGGGAGAACUGCCGGUGUGGCAUGGUAUUUUCCUUAAUGGAUGUGUGCCAGCAGUUGAUUCUGCUCAACUAUACGGCGUCCGACCGCAACGGCAAUGAGUCACGCGUUAACAUGUUCCACACGGCUCCUAAUCUGCCGUGGCCCGAGCACGAACCAGGGAUUGCGCGCGGUGACGCGGAUGGCCAGCUAGAUGUAGUUAUUCCCGUUGUGCGGUUCCGAUCGACGGAGACCGAGGCUGAACACUGCCGACGAUUUUUAGCCGCGGUUACUACACGCUGCCCAGCAGUUACCAAGCGGAUGCGCAAAAAGGUUGCCAAGGCGCAUGCGCGCUGGGUGGAGAUGCUGGUCUAUCCGGAUGAGUGGAGCGAUAUUCGCCGGUUUCUUCAACUGUUCAGCGAUCCUGCGGAAACGAAGCAAUGGGAUGAAGUGGAUUUGAGGAAACUGGACGUCGCCGCGUUGAGCAAGUUGACCGUGCAUCUACUGGACGGGUAUUACAAAGACUAAAAAGAAUUUUACUUUGCAAAGAUCGCCUGCAAUAUGAGCCUUCUUUUUUGCCGUUUUUUAUCACCUGCUUAAAUUCUACUUCGCUUUACUGCUUUCUUCUGUUAGUCUGUAGGAUGCAGCUGAUAUUGUCGAGUAUUUCGUGAUUCCAGUAGAAACUUGUUAAUUAACCGGU